AUGAGGAGGACCAUUCGAACCGGUGAGAGACUCUCCUCUCCCUGGCUAUAUUCAUCGCGACCCAGGGCAUCAGAGAGCCGUCUCCAUGUCUACAGUUCCACCACACGACACCGAGUGCUUGAUCUCACCGGGCGCACAAGACCAGUCUCCUCCUUGAGCAGCUCCUCCCAUUCCCAGCCAUUGUCCUCCCCUCGUCAUCAACGCAGGCGCGAAACCCAUCCCAAUGAUACCGUCCGCGAGUUCAAUACUGGAAACAACAACCUGGGCGCCAGCGUCGUCUCCACACACGAGGCCCUACAGCCAGAGGAGGAACCAGAUGACGCAUCCCUGUUCGAAGCAGAUGCCAUCUUUCCCACCUGGGAGUCCCCCGAACAAGAGCACGAAUAUGCUGAGAAAUUCAUUCGCGUCCUUGAGAAUGGCCAGCCCGAUCAAGUGAUGAAGGCCAUGACUGACCCACGGUCGGCGGGGCUGGUCGGGUCGCUACCCCAGACUGUCUUCCUUGAGGCGCUCCACUUGCUCUCCCCGACCCAUUUUGUGGAGCCCUUCCGCGACCUCCACCACCCCAUUCACUCCUGGGCCGUGCUCGUCAACGGUCUCAGGCGCGUCGAGGAGGUUUUUGAUACUUUCGUGAGUAAUUUGUUUACCGUGACCCGCUACCGGACAGUGAGCGGCCAGACCUUGCAAUUGGGAGAAUUUACGCACCUCCUGGAUUGCGCUCGCGCCAUGGGCAAUGGCGUUCUCGCGGAUCAGGUGUGGGACACGAUGGCGAAGAUGGAUGUCAUUCCGGAUACGGUGUGUUAUAACCACUACAUGGAAGCCAAAAUUUGGGAUCACUGCUAUGCCGGACGAGAAGCGUAUCGAAUGCGCGUGAGUCCCCAAAGUUACAGGAAGCGGCGCAGCGAGGAGCCAGUGCAAGGAUGGCAGGGCUUUGGGACUGCGCAGAGAAGUGUUCGAAAGUUUGUUCUCCGGAUUUUCGGCGAGAUGCAAGCCGAGGGCCAUCUCGGUGAUGAGCGCACGUAUAUCAACUUGUUUCUCGCAGCAGCGCGUGUGGGCCAUGACCGGGCCAUGAAGCAUAUCCUCAAGGAAGUUUGGAAUAUUGAUGCGGAAGCUUUAAAGCUGGAGCCUGACAACUCGAAGCUGCCACCAGUAACGCCCUACGAUCCGUGGUCCGCUCUGCAUCCAACUGAGAAUUUGCUGUUUGCUGUAGCUCACGGGCUGGGGGUGAACAAUGAUAUUGCCGGUGCGAUACGAACCGUCCAAUUUAUCGCGUCCUCUUACAAUAUCCCGAUUCCCGCCAAAGUCUGGCACGAGCUUUUUGAACGGGCAUACGUCCUAUCGCGUCAGCGUUGGUCGGCAUCGGAUACAGCCAAGACCGAGAACUAUACCGAAUGGGCCAACACCAUAGGCCGAGUCUCCGUCGACCUCGUGCGAUCAGUCUUUGAGACCAUGACCUCCGACCCUUACAACGUGACCCCCACGUUACAGGAGUGGCGAUUCAUGAUCAACACCAGCAUUGACAACGGGCGACUAGAAGACUGCAAAGACUACAUCCGUGGCGCAUACAACCUCCUAGAGGAAACUCGGAAGAAACAGGCUGAGGCUCGCGCGCUUGUGAUGCGUUGUCUGGCCCCUGCCCUUGAAGCCGCCGAACGACAAAUGCGACAAGGCGCCACCAUGCCAGACCCAGAAUUAUUCCGAUCCCCCAUCCUCGCGGAGGCCAUCCAAACCUACGACAUCGUCCGACUCGAGGUCUGGCAACAAGUCUACCUCCUCCAGCGCAUUUUGUUCCUCGUUCUCCGUGUGCCCAGCUGGAAAGACAUUUCAGAUAAAGAAUGGCAUCUCCAGGAACGACCCAAAAUGCUAGAAGAAUGGACAGACUUUGUCCCCAGCAAAAUCCAACUUUUCUACGGUGAAGAGACGGGCUUCAUCGAUAUGGUCGGUGCCAAGGGCUUCGGCAGCCGUUCUUACAAAGUCGGACCCAAGGACAUCCCCGUGCGCCGACAAUCUGACCAGAAAGAUCUGUUUGAUCCAGGUCCCUGGCCAGCCUGGGAUGAGCAGAGCAAAUGGAACGAUCUUGUCGUGCGACAUUUCUAUCUGGAUCGUACGGCGGCACCGCUGGAUCGACUAUUCAAGUUCCAAUUGCCUCAGUCAGCGGAGUUUUACGAAGCUGUGAGAAAGAUGCGCAAUACGUGGACUGAGUAUCCAGAGGAUCAUGAACUAUCUACGAACAAGAAUCCGCAUGGUGGGUUCUAUGGGCGUCUGGCGGCGUUGGGGAUGCUCAAGCCGAGGGAGAACAAUAGCGUUUUCUUGCUGGAUGAUCAAUCGUGGAUUUAA